AACGGUUCCUUUAAGAGUGGCGGCUCAGAAAGCCACGCCCAGGCGUGCGUACCACGCCCCGCCCACUGAAGGUGGGACUUGCGGCGGUUUGAAAGAUCCGUUCGCUGAGCUGCGUGGCUCGACUGCCGCUGAGAUGUCGGUGCUGAGGCCGAUGGAGAAGCUGCCGGACCUGAACAGAGCUACGGUCUUGCUGGUGAGCACGGAGGAUGCGCUUCUGCAGCAGCUGGCUGAGUCGAUGCUCAAAGAGGACUGUGCGUCCGAGCUGAGGGUCCACUUGGCCAACUCCCUCCCUUUGCCUUCCAAUGUGAACCGGCCUCGAAUUGACUUGAUUGUGUUUGUGAUUAACCUUCACAGCAAAUACAGCCUCCAGAAAGUGGAGGAGUCUCUGAACCAUGUGGACAGCCGCUUCUUCCUGGGGAAAGUAUGCUUCCUUGUCACAGGGGCCGGACAGGAGAGCCACUGCAGCAUCCACCGGAACACAGUUCUAAACCUGGCCCACACCCACCGAAGCCCUCUCCUCUUUUGUGAUUUACAGGUGGAAAGCUUUCGAGCUGCCAUGGCGCAGCGCCUGGUGCGCGUGCUGCAGAUCUGCGCUGGCCACGUGCCGGGCGUCUCAGCGCUCAACCUGCUGUCCUUGCUGAGGAGCCCCGAGAACCCCCAGUCCAAGGAGCUGUGAGCACUGCUGCUCUCCACACGUUUGGUGCCAGCUCCAUAAGCAGCCACCAUUGGCGAAGACCAGUCAGGGCCUGACAGGCCCGGAGGCAGCCUGCUCACUGCAGGACUGAGCUGCACCAGGGAGUGGGGAGACGGCCCAGCAGUUGAGACCCCACCAGCCUCCUGUCCCUCACCUCACCCCACAGAGGCCCUGUCUCCACCUGUCUAACAUCAUAUGUCUACCUAAGGUUUUGGAACAAAGAGCCAUGGCUUAAAAAAAGAAAGAAAGAAAGAAAGAAAGAAAGAAAGAAAGAAAAUGUGUCUCCCCACUUUGACUUUGCAGAUGCAGAAACUGACUCAGUACAAUUAUGGGGGCAGAGUGCGGCUUCCAGGAGCCCAGGGAAAUGUGGUGUGCUAGCCCUGCUACUCCUACAGCCUGGCUGCUGCUCCCUGACGCCAGGUUCCCCGGUGUGAGAAGAUUGGAUGAAAUGGCAGGUGGCUUGCUGCCCGAGACCACUUUUCUCCCUACGCCUUGUAGAUCACACGCAAUGUCAUGCCUCGCCCUGCAACAGCAAGGCAGUCAACAAGCUAAC